GAUCGCAUCCCCACUACGUCAUCAGGAGAGCGACAGAGCCACUUGCGACAAAUGCUUUGCUGAGCCAGAGUGGUUUCUAUUAUUAGAAAAUAUGGUGAAAUCUGGAAAAUUAAAAUCUGGGGCCGCAUCGAAACUGAAGCGAUGGAAAAAGGGACACAGCAGCGACUCGAACCCCCAGACGAGCCGAUUCAGACAGGCUGCCAAAAGCCGUUUCUUCAGCCGCCCCUCGGAGAAGAGUGACCUGACAGUUGAUGCACUCAAGCUGCACAAUGAGCUGCAGGCAGGAACCCUGGAGAGGGGUGUGGGUGACCGGGGAGAUGCCUGUAUGGAGGAGACGGCAGAGCAGGCCCUUUCAGAGAGGAGCGCAGGGACCUUCCUCAGCGGGUUGUCGGACUGCUCUAACCUCACCUUCAGAAAGGUGCAGCGCUUCUGGGAGUCCAACUCAGCUGCCCAUAAAGAGAUAUGUGCAGUGCUGGCUGCGGUGACUGAGGUGAUUCGAUCUCAGGGAGGGAAGGAGACAGAAACAGAGUACUUUGCAGCUCUGAUGACCACCCUGGAGGCAGUGGAUUCAGGGGAGUCUCUGGCUGCUGUAGCCUACCUCCUCAACCUGGUUAUGAAACGGGUUCCAGCACCAGUGUUGAUUUGUAAGUUCUCUGACACGGCCAAAGCGCUGAUGGACGUCAUGUCCACCCUGGCCAGCUCAGAGUCCGCCUCCGCACUCAGAUGGGUGAGUGUCUGUCCGUCCGGCAGGUACCUUUUUAACAUAACUUUAUUUAAAUGUUCAAUGUGUGUUUUCUUUCUCCAGAUCCUGUCGUGCCUCUCCACUCUUUUGCGGAAGCAGGAUGUUACAGUGUGGAGUUACCCGUCUACUCUGCAGACAUAUCACGGUCUACUCAGCUUCACUGUCCACAGCAAGCCCAAGAUCCGUAAAGCAGCGCAGCAUGGUGUGUGUUCCAUCCUGAGAGGUAGUGACUUACUAUUUACAGACAACGCCCCGACCCACCACCCUGCUGCCGCGAUGGCCGCCAAGUUCUGCAUCAAAGAGAUUGAACAGGCAGGAGGCAGUAAGGAGGACACCACCACCCUGCACGUCCUGGGUCUCCUGAAGGACCUCAUGGUCACCUUCCCUCUCAGUGCCGUCAAGUCCUGCUGUGAGACUCUGCUCAGGGUGAUGACCCUCAGCCACGUGUUGGUGACAGCAUGUGCCAUGCAGGCCUUCCAUAAGCUGUUCAGUGGGAAACCCAACCCUGUUACCCUGUCUGCUGAACUCAAUGCUCAGAUUAUCACGGCCCUGUAUGACUACCUGCCCAGUGAGAAUGACUUGCAGCCUCUACUAGCCUGGCUGGCUGUCAUGGAGAAAGCCCACGUUCACCUGGCCGGUGUUCAGUCAUCUCUAAGUCUGGGUCAUCUCCCUCGUCUCUUCUCCACAGCCAUGUCCUGCCUCCUGUCACCUCACCCACAGGUCGUCUCUGCUGCCACCAAUACACUCAAGACUCUGCUGUCGGAGUGUGUGGCUCCUCGCAUGGAGGAGAUCGGCCCCGUCAGCCCCACUGCUUCCUCUGGAAACCCUUCCUACGUCUGCAAGAUGUUCCGUAUCGUGGAGGAGGGUCUGUCGUAUCGUUUCCACGCCUCCUGGCCGUUUGUUCUGCAGUUGCUGGGCUGCUUCUACAGAGCAGCAGGGAAACACACACACCCGGUCAUGACCAAGUCUCUCCAGUCUCUAGCGGACCUGCGCUCCACCCCCCGGUUCCCGUUCUGUGGUGAGCUGGACCUGGCUGUAGGUGGCGCUGUAGAGAGCAUGGGACCUGAAGUACUGCUGACCGCUGUACCGCUCAACAUCACUGGACUGGAAGACAAUCUGGAGUUCCCUCGUAGUUGGUUGAUCCCUGUCAUACGGGAUCACGUUAAGAACACGCAACUGGCUUACUACACAUCAUAUCUCCUGCCGCUCGCUGCCACGCUCCGACAGAGAGCUGAGGAGCUGGAGAAGGCUGGACAGAAACUGGAGGCUAAAGUCUACAAGACACUCCAGCUGCAGAUCUGGACCAUGCUGCCCGGGUUCUGUGUGGGACCCUUGGACCUGCUGGUGUCGUUUAAAGGUGUAGCAAGGGCACUGGGCAUGGCCAUCAACGAACGGCCUGACCUACGACUGACCAUCUGCCAGGCCAUACGCACACUCAUCACCAAGAGCUGUAACACCGAAGAGGAGAAGGCGGAGGUGGGCCGUUUUGCUAAGAACUUCCUGCCCAUCCUGUUCAACGUGUUCAGCCAGCAGCCUGCUCCUGGAGACAUUGGCCCCUACAGGAUGGCUGUCCUAGACACCAUUAAAGUCUACCUGACUGUCACAGACCCACAGAUGGUGUGUACCUUCCUAUCGAAAGCUACAGAAAGACUCAGCAGCCCAGACAGCACUGAGUUCAUACGGUUGUCUGUCAUGGACCUGAUGGUUGCCAUGGCACCCUGUGUAGAUGAGGUCACAAUGAGUCAGACCUUUGAGCUGAUUAGGCCAUACCUGGAGAAUAAGGAGCCACACAUGCAGAAGAAGGCAUACCGCGUAUUGGAGGAGAUGUGCGGUGGAGAGAGGGAGGAGUGUAGAUCUUUCGUUCUCUCUCACCUAGAGACGCUCAAACACGUUCUGCUGGGGACACUGAAGAAUGCUUCAUCUCCCGCCAAGAGGCCCAGACUAAAGUGUCUUAUCCACAUUGUGAAACAGCUGAGUGAUGAACACAGAGACUUCAUCACUGCCCUGCUACCAGAGGUGAUCAUAUGUACUAAGGAGGUGUCAGUGGGAGCUCGUAAGAACGCCUACACUCUACUGGUGGAGAUAGGAAACGCUUUUAUCAGGUUCUGUGGAGAUGCCAAAGAAGCCUUGGAGCAGUACCUACUGUUGGUCUAUGUGGGGCUGACCGGCUCUGUCACGAUGAUCACAUGUACAGUCCUGGCUCUCACCAGACUGGUCUUUGAGUACAAAGACUCUAUAGACAUGGGAUCGAUGGAGCACCUCCUACACAACGUGUGCCUGCUGCUGACGUCUCGGACCAGGGAGAUUGUGAAAGCAGCGCUCAGCUUCGUCAAGGUCAUCCUCUUCGUCAUGGACCCCAAGACACUGGCUGGACACGUCACUGUGAUGAUGGAGGGUGUUGGGAACAUCAAGGAUGACGUUAGAAGACACUUCAGGACGAAACUGAAAAACAUUUUCACCAAGUUCAUCAGGAAGUUUGGGUUUGAGUUGGUGAAAAGCAAGCUGCCUGCGGAGCAUCAUAAGGUGUUGGUGAACAUCCGUAAGGCUGAGGCCAGAACCAAGAGAUCGAGACUGGCGGACGAAGACCACGACGACUCAGACAGCGGGGACGACAAGCCAAAAGCCAGGGGCGCGAGUAUCGAGGAGAUCUUGGCCGAGUCGGACUCUGAUAUGUCAGAUGACGAAAGGCCUAAGGGCGCUAAGACCCAGAAGAAGCCCACAAAGCAGAAGGGGCGGGCCUGGCUGAAGGAGGGACAGGGAGACGAACCACUCAACUUCCUGGAUCCCACUGUCUCCCAGAGGGUCUUGGCCACCAACCCAGACAUGAAGAAGAGGGUAAAAAUUCAGCACAACUUCAAGGUCACGUCAGACGGAAGACUCAUCAUCAAAGAGGACAAUGACGAGGGAGACAAGACUAAAGAUGAUGAGGGAGAGAUGAAAGACAUUCUGGAGGAGGCUGGAGUCAAGAGUAUAAAGACUAAGAGGAGGACAUUCCGGGAUGGUCACUACGAUGAUGACAUGGAGAUUGAACCCCAGCUGAAAUACAAAGCUGGAGGCUCGGGGAUCCACAGACCUCUGGGUGGGAGCAGAGACCUAGGGGGAGACUACAAGGCCAAGAAGGGUAAAGGAGAUGUGAAGAGGAAAGGAAAGGUUGAUCCAUAUGCCUACAUCCCUCUGAGGAAAGCACAGCUCAACCGCAGGAAGAAAGCAAAGAUGCAGGGCCAGUUUAAAGGCAUGGUGAGAGGGGCCCAGAAGGGAGCGCAGUCUGGGAAGAGGAUGCAAAGGAACAAGAGGAGGGCCUGAAAAGUUUACAUCCCAACGGUUGAAUGUGUGUCCUUCUGCCUGUUGUCCAAGAGGGUCUGUGCAUAGAAAUCUAAUUAAAGCUAAUUCUAUGAGUCUAUGCAUUUUAUUGCUCAGGCAUGUAUGUCUGCGAGAAACAGAAUGGGAGAAGGAACGAGAAGAGGAUUUGAUAAGGUCUUCAAAUGGAUCUGUAGAUUUCUCUUUUGGGGGGUCUUGCCUAAUUCCCAUUGUUAUCAAUAGAUACAAUCAGGCAUACACAUGAAACUUUAGCUUUAUAGGUGUGUUCAAUUAAAAUGUGUAAAGAUGGAUAAACAUCUGUUUUUAAAUGUAUUUAUGUUCCCUACUUUAAAGGAUGGAGAAAAAAAAUGUUGGUGUGAAAAUUAACAAUGACUUGUUAUUGCUCUGUUUAACCGCUAGAUGGUGGUCUAGAUUGCGGUUGAAUAUAAUCAAGAGUUGGUUUUAAAAUUCAUAUUCCAGCGCAUGAAAUUAGGAUUACUGUUUGAAUGUAUUAAACUAUUGAUUCAUCAGA